AAAUGGCUGAAUAACACGGUGGUCUAUUUUUGUGGAAAAAAAAUUCGUCGACAUAUUUUUGUUGUUAUUUAUCAGCAAUUACUCGUUAUUUAAUGGAGAAAGAAAACAAUAUGUCUGGCAUGACAUUACCUGAGGAGGUAACAAAGCAUGGUUUUCGGAAACGUAUGUGGGACUAUAUGAUGAAAAACGAGCUUGCUAACUUUCCACUUAGUGUACACAAUCGUAUACCAAAUUUUGAUGGAAAUGCCGAAGCGGCGCUGAAAUUGUCCGAGUUGGAUGAAUUUAAACGAGCAAGAACGGUCAAAGUUAAUCCUGACAAGCCGCAAGAAACAGUUCGAUUUUUAUGCCUUGAGGCAAACAAAAACAUCCUGGUACCAAUUCCAAGACUCAAGUCGGGCCUCUUUCAACAUGUCGUACCGCCGAGUGGUGCGACUAAAGAAGAAUUAAAAAUUGCAGCUACGCGCCGCGGACUGGAACAAUGGGGAAAGCCUGUGGGCUUAGAUUUAAAAAUGAAGAUUGACCUGGUAGUCUUGGGAUCAGUAUGCGUAAGCCCUAAGGGGUAUCGGAUUGGCAAAGGUGAAGGGUUUGCAGACUUGGAAUAUGCUCUAAUGUCAGAGAUGGGUGCUGUGAAUGAUGACACUGUCGUUGUAACAACGGUCCAUGAUUGUCAGAUCGUAAACGACCUUCCUGCAGAAUUGUUUCAAAAAUAUGACGUACCGGUAGACAUAAUAGUGACGCCCAGUCAAACUAUAAUUGUUAAUCCAAAGCUUAGAAAGCCAGAUGGCAUUAUUUGGAAUAUUCUGAGUGAAAGAAGACUCAAGUCUAUGCCGAUACUGCAGCGAUUUAAAGAAAUACAAGAAAAAGAAGGUAAAGUAAUUGUGUUGAAAGAAGUUGACUCAGACGUGGGGACAAGCCAUUAUGAGAGAGACAAUCGUAGACGAUUGAAAGUUAGGAGACGGACCAAGUCAAAACAGGAAGGUACGGAUUCAGAGGCAGCAAGAGGAGACAAGGAAGAAGGAUCAACUCCACGAUUUUCUAAGAGGAAGCAAAAUUGGAAGCGUAGGGGCGACGGAGAUUAUGGUUCUCCUACUGGCAGGGAAAAUGAGACAGAAGCAGGAAGAGAAAAAUCAGGACAACGUCGCAGACCUUUGAAACCCCGUUCUAAGCCACAAAUUGAUUUUUCUUUGAAAUUAUCGAAUAUUGCGCCUGAUGUUCGUGUUAGAGACUUGAAAAAUGCAUUGAUUGUACGUGGGGUUAAACCAAGCGAUAUAACCUGGAGAGGACAUCAAGGCUUUUGUUAUUUGCAUUUUGGGAAACUAAGGAACGAAAAAACCGAGCUUGAUCAGCCUACCCAGGUAGAUUCGAUAGUAGCCAAUUUGCAGGAAAUGCAUAUUGGCGAGUCAGAACAUGGUGAAAAGGAUUACGUAGUUGUUGAGCCAGCGAAGCCUAUAACUAGAAUUGAAGUCACAGAUGUUACUUCUGUCUAAAUGAAACUCUUUCAAAAGUACACAUCUGCCAUAGCACAAACGCGUGCAUUAUCCAGUCCAGUCUUCUUUUCAUAGACAUCUCAAAAGUCAUGAUAAAUGUACGAUAUUUUUUUUUUUACUUUCUCCUUCAAUCACUAUAGUGCGUAUUUCGUGAUGCUGUUCCUCAUUCUUUUCUUGCUUGCGUUGAACGCUAUGAAAAUGAAUGAUAAGACUGGAAUGAGUGUGAGAAACGGAAUUAACUGUUUCAGCUAUAUUAGAAGUUAAAAUUGCUAUUUUAUGAUUGCAUGUAGGGUAGGGUGGUUCGCAGAAACACGAUCUUCCAAUUUUUUUCCGCACGCCUUUUGAAAAUUUCGAAAUGUAAAAUGUGUAGUAUCUCUACACACACAAGGACGCAACAUGCAUACACGCACGCACGCACACACACACACAAAUUGAUAAAUUAAGCCGUUUAUAAUGUGCAUUAAAAAUGGUAUAUACAUAUAAUUUUGGUAGGUCCUUGUUUAGGGUUUAGGGAUAAAUAAUUUAAAAACAAUUCCGUAAUUUUUUCGGAGUUUCAUCUCGUUGGGCAGCAUAAGGAGUUGAGAUAAGAAUCUAAAAAAAUGACGGAAUUGUUUUUGAAGUAUUUCGAGUGGAUUUGGGAAGUGGUACGGAAAAUAUUCGCUAACGUCUUUGAUAAGGAUCAUACCCUUCAUAUAUGCUGGAAAAUUACGUGGAUGCGCACCAUAAGGGUCUCUAAUUAUAGUUAAUCCAGUGUACAUACACUCUGCGUAGAGCUAUGAGUUGCAGAUAUUUGGAUUGAAACCGCUAGUGUGCGGCUGAUGUCGCCCCGGUGAAACUCAGAGCUACUCAGAGUGGUUCUCAUGGUGCACAUUCACGUAAUUCCCUGGUCACUAAAAUAUAAUAUAACUGAAAUGUGCACGAAGAUGAUGGGGGUAGCAUAGACAGGAGUGACCACCCAUUUCGUUCUAUUAGCUACUGCGUAUGCGCUGCAUCGUUCAAGCGAAAAUGUUAUCCACUGUGAAGUCGUGAUAUCCACUGAACAACGUAAGUCGAAUUGUUUUGGUCGAAUUUUCCGCAAAUCAAUUUACCGGCAGAGUCAGAAAAUAAAACUGUGUUGAAUUUUGUUUUUCAUGUGCAAAUUUAUUUAUAACUAAACUCAAAAAAUUAGAAUUCGGAAAACAAACAUUAGAAACAGGUGAAGUUAAUGCUGUCACAACAGCCAGAUGGUCUAGUGGAGUAAGUGUCUGGCAAAGUAUCCAUAGAUGCCUGGUUAGAUUCCUGACUCCGUCGUUCAUUUUUCACGUCACGCAGUUUUCGAUCAGUUUUAUCAGCCAUUUCUUACUAGGGAAUAGAUUUAACUAGAAGAAAUUCGAAUAUCACGAGCCAAGA